GGCAAAUGAGGAGGUUAGCACUCGAAACUCCAGCAUCUUCCCGAGGCUAUAAAAAAGGAGGGAGGCCAGAAAUUGUGGAAAAAAGAGAGAAGCCAGCGGACGAGGGGGAUUUUUUGAAGAGGUUUUGGAGGGACGGAGAACAGGGGGAGGCUUGAGGCGCAGGGAAGCAAAGAUUUUGGGAAGAUCGAUAGAAAAGAGAGAGAGGGAGAAAGUUUCUGGAAAAACCGGCGCAAGAAGGAGAGAAGGAGCCCGGAUAAAAGUUGCAGUUGUCUAAGCAGGGUUUAAAGUUUCCUAGUAACAAGUCAGAGAGCAUGAAUCGGGGGGUAAGCAGUGGUGGGGGUCAGAGUUCCUUGGGAUAUCUUUUUGGCAGUGGGGAGGCUCCCAAGGCAAUCACCAAGGAUGCCCAAGCUGCACCAAAUGAAGGGCAGACUUUAAGAAAUGUCCCUCCCUCCAAACCUGCUCCUGAAUCAGUAGAUAUUAGCAAGCAGAUUCCUGCUGGUAUAAAUAGCAGUUCUUCAAACAAUUAUACGAGAGCUGAUGGCCAGAACACUGGUAACUUCAUUACGGAUCGGCCUUCAACAAAAGUCCAUGCUGCACCGGGUGGUGGAUCUUCUCUGGGUUACCUCUUUGGUGGUGGCAGUAACUGAAACAUUAUAUUUUUUUCACAAUGGGGUGUUUGUUGAUUUUUGGAGGCAUUUGUAUCUUGGAUGAAGGUGUUUGUUGAUUUUUGUGGCAUUUGUUACUUGGAUGAAGAAAUAUUCUCAUCCUUUACAUGAAGAAACAGGAACUUGCUGGAUGGUAUGAUUGUAAUAUGUAACUGUUGCGGUGGUUUGGUUCAAUCAAAACUGAACUUUAGAUGCAUCAAUGUCUUUUAAUAAGGUCAGAUGUGGUAAAGAUUUUGUUCUUUGCCGCAUGGUUAUCGUUUACUGUGAUUUCUGGGUUAUGAGUGAUAUGUUAAUCUGAUGAAUGUUAAUGACCCUA